UUUGCUUAUCGACACGAAUUCCAAUUUUAAUUUUAAUUUCUGAUGAAUUGAACUAUCAACGGUGAAACGUAAUAUUUACGAUUACCUAUAUUGCGUCACAUGAAAAAAAGGAUACAAGGAAUUUUCCGUUGUACACGAUAAGCAAGGAAAGUCUCUAGAAGAUUCAAACGCGUUCUGUCCCUACCUCUGUAAGUGACAUAUUUACGUGAUAAUUAUAAGAUUUCACAAUGUCAGAAAACAAGAACGAUAAAGCAAAGGUUGAUCUGGGAUUAUUAGAGGAAGAUGAUGAAUUUGAGGAAUUCCCUGCAGAAGAUUGGACUGCAGUUGAUGAAGACAAUGAAGAUAUUAGUGUUUGGGAAGACAACUGGGAUGAUGAUGAUGUAGAAGAUGAUUUUAAUCAACAAUUAAGGGCACAAUUAGAAAAACAAAAGAGUCACAAUAAAGGGAAGGAACCUUAAUUAAAUUAUAAAUCAGAUGUUAUUAUUCAUAAGAAUAAAUGUGUAUUAAUUUCCUAAGAUUUUGCAUACAUAUAAGUUUCAUUUGGUAUAUAUUGAUAGAUUUUUAUUAAUUGUGAAAUUUAAUGAUUUUUCAUAAAUAUUUGUACAAAACUUAAACAUUAAAUACAAAUGUACAAUUUAAAUGCAUAUAGUACCUAAUAUGCGCGAAUUACAUCAUACAACUCAUAAAGAGUCUUGUAUUAAUGAAAAAAAUACUUGGCAUCCUUAGUUUAUAUAAUCAGGUACAUAGUCUGUUUUUGAAAAUUUUAUAUAAUUCUACAUUAUUAAAUCAACAAAUUUAGUUACAUAUGGCACAUCAAUUCCUUUCAACUAAAACAUAUUUCAGUAAUUAGCAACUUCUAAUACAUGUAACUUGAUCAAUGGCUGAAUAAAAUUGAGAAAAGGAAUUGAAUCAACCUUUUGUUAUUGAAUUAAAAUAAAAUUAAAUUAUUAAA